AUGGCCCUGCGGGCGGGGGGCGCCCGGUGGCUCCUCGGCGCCGUCCUGCUCUUGGCUCUGCUCGCUGCCAGCGCCGCUUCCCUGGGCUGGGACCUCCGGGAGCCCCGCAGCCGGGCCGGCAGAAUCCGUGUGCACCCGCGGGGCAACCUCUGGGCCACCGGUCACUUCAUGGGAAAGAAGAGUCUGGAGCCCCCUGGCUCAUCCCUCCUAAGGACAGCGCCCCACGUCUCUCUGGGGGAGCAGAGACUGCAGCUGAGUCACGAUCUGCUCAGGAUCCUCCUGCUGAAGAAAGCUCUGGCCAUGAGCCCCCGAGGCCCAGCGCCUCACACCCAGGAGGCCGCUGGUGCAAAUGCUGCAGAAGUGAUGGCAUUGACGAGGAAGAUGCAGCAACGUGGCUUAGACUGCGCCCAUCCCGGGACCCUGGUAGUGGCCCCAUCUGGAUGUAAAUUCUGGGCUCAAAUCGCUGUCACUCCAUUCCUGUGA